UACGAUGUCACCGUGGAGGCCACGAUCGAGAAGAUUCGCACCAAGUGGAUUCCCUUGGUGAACGGGGGAGUUGAGAAGGGCGCCAGAAUCCCCAUCAUCCUCGUGGGGAACAAGUCGGACCUGCAGUCCGGGAGCUCCAUGGAGACCAUCCUGCCCAUCAUGAACCAGUUUUCAGAGAUCGAGACCUGCGUGGAGUGUUCAGCCAAGAACCUAAAGAACAUCUCCGAAUUGUUCUACUAUGCCCAGAAAGCCGUGCUGCACCCCACUGCCCCCUUGUACAACCCCGAAGAGAAGCAGCUGAGGCCGGCGUGUGCACGAGCGCUUACCCGGAUUUUCAACAUCUCCGACCAGGACAACAACCAGAUCCUGAGCGACGAGGAGCUCAACUACUUCCAGAAGUCCUGUUUCGGGAAUCCCCUGGCGCCCCAGGCCCUGGAGGACGUGAAGAUGGUGGUGUGGAAGAACACCACGGACGGGGUGCAGGACAACGGCCUGACGUUAAACGGCUUCCUCUUCCUCAACACCCUCUUCAUCCAGAGGGGGCGGCACGAGACCACCUGGACCAUCCUGCGCCGCUUCGGCUACUCCGACGAGCUGGAGCUGACGGACGACUAUCUCUACCCGGCGCUCCGCGUGCCCCAGGGCAGCUCCACGGAGCUCAACCACUUUGGAUACCAGUUUCUGCAGCGGAUGUUUGAGAAGCACGACAAGGAUGGCGAUGGAGCCCUCUGCCCUGUAGAACUCCAGAGCUUCUUCAGUGUCUUCCCCUACGUGCCCUGGGGACCGGAACUCUACAACACGGUAUGCACCACUGAUAAAGGCCUGCUUUCACUGCAUGGAUUCCUCUGCCAAUGGACGCUGGUGUCCUAUCUGGAUGUCCAUCACUGCUUGGAGUACCUGGGUUACUUGGGCUACCCCAUCUUCUCGGAGCACAACUCUCAGACGCAGGCCAUCACAGUGACCCGGGAGAAGAGAAUCGACCUGGAGAAGGGUCAGACCCAGAGGAACGUUUUCCUCUGUAAGGUGAUUGGCCCCAGGGGCACGGGCAAGUCUGCGUUCCUGCAGGCCUUCCUCGGGAGGAACCUGGCUGCCCACCAGCAGGCCCCAGGAGAGCUGUCCUUCUACGCAAUCAACACCGUCCAAGUCAGUGGCCAGGAGAAGUAUCUAAUACUGUACGAGAUUGACGUGGACACAGAGUUCAUGAAGGCAUCAGACGUGGUGUGCGAUGUCGCCUGCUUAAUGUACAACGUGAAUGAUCCCGAGUCUUUCAACUACUGCGCCUGUAUUUAUAAGCAACGCUACAUGGACGGACAAAUCCCCUGCGUCUUCGUCGCCUCCAAGUCAGACCUUGCUCUCCUGCAGGAGAUCUUCCCUUCCUCGGAGCCGGGCUACGCCCCCGCUUCCGAUUCAACUCCCUUUCCCUUGAGUGCCGGGGGGGAGGGGUGA